GUUUCUGUCGGCAAGGAGCGAUAAGAUGGUGGGAAGGACUAGGACGCCAUUAGAGUCGUUAUUUCUGGAAGGAAGCUGCUUCCGUUGGUUGCCGACGCAUUUUCGGUUCGGCUUCGCGUUCGACUCGUAGGGUCUGUCGCUGAAGCUUAGCGAACGAAACCCUAAUCUGACCUGACGGUCUGACACUGAGGACUAGUGCCAUCAUUUAGUCUUCUAAUCCAUUUUUAUUUCUCAAUUCGUUUCUAAUGCCGCGCCAGCCGUACGCGUUUUCAGGUCCGGCAGCGAUGCCUGCCGCACCGCCCGAGUCUCCCGGCAAAGGCAGCAGCGGCGACUUAGGAGGCGCGGAGAUUAAAGAUAGUCCGCGACACUAUGACGCCGCCAAUAUCCCUCCGCGACCCUCUCCUAAGGGUCCUCGGCAUCAUCGUCCAGACGUUCUCCAGCUGCACUUACCGAGUCCGCGAUCCGGACCCGCUUCUAACGCGUACGAUCUAUCCGGCGAGUCCGAGCGAUCUCCCGGCAUCCAUUCGCCCACCGAGUCGCCGCAAAAUUCCGCCACCUUUCUCCGCCUCUCCGCCGCCUCGUCCAAGCACUCCUCUGUCUCCUCCUCCCCCAUUCCCAGCCCUAUGGGCGCUUCCCCUUCCCCCUCCGCCUUCUCCGUCUCCUCCGCCUCCUCCUCCUUCUCCUCCCGCCCGCGCACCGCGCCCAGCAAGCGGGGCCAGUACAGCCGUUCGAUCUCGAUGAACGCGGGGACGAUGAGAACCGUCGGAUCGGUGACGAGUCAUCACCACGUGGACAACAGCGAUAUAUACGCGUUCUGCCCGCUCGCCACGUCAGCUGGCGGCAUCCCGACCCCUCGCUCGCAGAGAUUAAGCGAAUCGGGCCUCCCUGGUUCCCGCUCUUUUUCGUCCGGCAUUCCCGCGGCGCGGCCGACUGUAGAGCCUCUUAAACUGGGGCCGCUUAUAUCCGCGGUCGCGAGCGGUACGGAGGAGGAGAUUCGCGACGCGGUUUACUGUGUCAGGCGAGCGCUUAAGGGCUGCCCGGAAAACAAAGAAAGGCUGAUUCGGUCAGGUGGGAUACCUUUUCUGGUCAGUCUAAUGAGAGUUCCUGACUCUUUGACUGUGGAACAUGCAGUCACGGCAAUUUUCAACAUAUGCCGGAUGGAAGCCGGGCAGAAAGAAAUUUUCACGGAAGGAGGGUUGGAGGCGUUGGUAGACGUUCUUCGGGGGGCAGAAAACAACGAGGCUGCCCGGGAAAAUGCGGCAGCAGCGAUUUUUUGCCUGGUGAACACUGAGGAGCGGAAGCAGCUGGUGGUUGAGAGGGGAGCAUUGCCGCCGCUGGUGGGGUUGCUGCAGACUAGCAGUGUGCGAGGGCAGAGAGACGCUAUUUUGACCACGUGGAGUUUGGUCAGGUGGCUCUGUGGUACUGCGCUUUAUGGCUGCCCGAAUGCAAUCCCUAGGCCGAAUGGUGCUUCCCAUGGUAAUGCAACGCCAGCAUCACCACCAGCAGUAGCAGCAGCAGCAGCAGCAGCAGCAGCAGCAGCAGCAGAAGCAGCACCAGCAGCACCAGCAGCAGAAGCAACAGCAGCAGCAGCGGGCGAAGCAGGAACAGGCGCAGAAGCAACGGCAGUGGAGGAAGCGGCAGAAGAUAUCCGAAGCAACGACGCCACAGGAGCAGAGAGCAGAGAGGGUAAGGAGGGGGAGGAGGAGCACGGGGGAAACAGGCCUCACAGACGUCUCCCUACCAUCCCUGAUUUACUUGCCACUGGCGUGGUCCCCAUUCUCAUCGGGCUCCUGCAGUCGUCGGAUCAAGGGCUGGAGGAGCGAUCAAUGGCCAUCCUCUCUCUCCUCUCAAAGUUUCCCCAAGGCAGGCGGGCCAUUUGGGAUGCGAAUGGGGUGGAGGCCAUUACAGAUGUGUUGGAGAUGUCGUCGCAGCGGGCCAAGGAAGAGGCGGUGGCAACGCUGCUGAGAAUGGCUGCGAGUGAUGCGGGCGUGUUAGAGGUUUUGAUUAAGGAGGGGGUCAUUCCGGCUCUGCAUAAGUUCCAUAAGGAGAGUGAAGGGAAUGCAGGGGCCAAGGCGAAGACACUUCUUGACAUGCUGAGGAUGGGAAAGUAAGAAUAGAGGUUCUUUAUUUAGUACGAAGGACCGUAUGCUUGGUGAUCAUGACACCAAUCAAACAUAGCUACUUCUUGGCUAACAUGUAUUUGGGUAGGGGGUGUAUCAAGUAGCUGAAUAGCGUGACGUUGAGCCACCAUCUCCGAACGAACAGAAAGCUUUUCGAUCGAGAGAAUGUUGUUAAAAUUAUGAGCUGAUAAGGACCCGAUCGCCG